CAAGCGGAGCCUGAGUUUCAGAUACAUCGAGCUGUGGACACCUCUGAGGGUGUCCUCGCAGACCCACUUGUCAAACCAAAUGGCAAGCAAAAACCAUCAGUCACCGAUCUUCUUCAAAAAAUUAGUGCGCAAGGUGAUGAUUUACCUUCGACCAGACAACUUAUGGCGAGACAUAUUCACCUGGCCGAAAAGCAUGGAGAGGAAAGUGAUAAUCAUAUUGAGCAUGAAGAUGAGGAAGGUGGGGAAGAUGAAUGCGAGAUCGAUUUAGAGAAGAAAGAUAUAGAAGAAUUAUCAAUUCGCGAGGUAGAUGCUAAGGAUGCUGGCCAAAGGCAUCAAAUUCCACAAUCGUCAUGUCCUCUCACGGCCGUAUUACCACAUACCAGCCUCGAACUAACACCACAGGACCUCGAUCAACAAUCUUCUUUCAUCAUUGAAUGUCAUUACUGA